GGCAAAUGUGUGGAACGGAUGAAUGUUGAUGGAUAUGAGUGUAUAUGCACAAUGGGAUUCUUCGGGAAGAACUGUGAGCUGAGCGCACGAGAAUGUCCAGUGCAGAAUCCGUGUCUGAACGGAGGUCGUUGUAUUGACGAGGUGAACAACUACAAGUGUCACUGUCCAGAAGGAUUCAGCGGUACGUUGUGUCAAGAACGGAUGAACGCAUGCCUGACGAAACCUUGCCAGAACGGUGGCCGUUGUAUUGAUCUUCAAGGCGGUGGCUAUCUUUGCAAAUGUCCUCAUCAUUAUCAAGGCAAAAACUGUGAUAUUGAAAUCGAUGAGUGCGAACCGAAUCCAUGCAGAAAUGGAGGUACUUGCAUAAAUAUUUUUGGUGGUUACCAUUGCGAAUGCCCGAGCUGUUUAUAUGGUCAACAUUGUGAGCUGGUUGAACCGAGGUGUACUGCCGCUGCAGUUCCGUUCGGUCCAGAAUUGAGGAAAAAUGAUACUGCACGAUUACCGACAAAACAUUCAACCGAAACUGAUUAUCAGGUAUAG